AUGCUGAGGAAGGGCUCGGAGCUGCUGAAGGGAGACAGAGAGGUCCUCCUGGAUCUUGACUAUGGGGGUGUAGCACAAACCACACACAGCUAUGGAAGUCUGCAGAACGGGAGCUUCAUUCCGCCGAGAUAUCUUUCAGCCGCAGCUGCUGGCGAAGAUGUGGACGGCGAUGAUCCCAUUUAUGUCCACUGUAAUCCAAGAAGUAACCAGCCACUUCCACAGGAGGGGAAUUACUUCAGAGAUGGAAGGACCAAAAUCGACUUUGUACUGGUGUGGGAAAUUCGGUCGAGGAGGAAGCGGCGAGGGAAGGGGAAGGUGACCAGUGAGGAGGGGGAGACUGCGCCCACUGAGGAGAACAGCAGGUCUGAGCGAAGGAAGGCACAGCUGGCACAGUGGAGGGAGAAGUUUGUUCAGAAUCUGGAGAGUGCUGGGUUGCUCAUGGAAGAGGAGCAAACAGCAAAUGAGAAGAAAACAAUACAUUUUCUGAAACUUAGCGCUCCUUGGGAUGUGUUGGUGUUUUACGCUGAGGAACUCUGUGUGAGAGCUCCAUUGCAGGCACAGCCAAAUCUGGACUUAAACACAUCUGCUCAGGUACUGAAAAGACUAUGCAUUCCUAACGUGAUGAUGGAGUCAGUGCCAAACAGGCCGCUGGACUAUUACACAUGUGCCUUUCGAAAGUCAAAGAUGAACAGGUUCCUUGGCUGUGACAACCAUGAAACCUACUUCACUAAUACACAAAGACACCGUAUUGUGUAUGAGAUUCUUGCACGGACAGUGUAUGGCAAAAGGAAGAGGGCUGAGGUUGGUGUGGACAGACUGGUAAAUGAAGGCGUGUACACAGCCGCUUUUCCCCUGCACGAGGGCCCUUUUCAGCUUCCGAGGAAUGAGAUUCGUCCUGACGAGCUGAACCAGAGGCAGAUUCUUUACCACUACUGGGCCCGCUGGUGCAAAUGGUACAAGUACCAACCACUGGACCACAUCAGGGAGUACUUUGGAGAGAAGAUUGCAUUCUACUUUGCCUGGCUGGGUUUCUACACAGCCUGGCUGCUGCCGGCUGCAGUGGUCGGAACCCUGGUCUUUGUGUCUGGAGUCAUGUCCAUGGGUACCAACACACCAGCUAAGGAAAUCUGUAACAGCGGAGCUAGUUAUCUCAUGUGUCCUCUCUGUAACACAUGCAAGGCCUGGAACAUGUCUGAGAUCUGCACCAUGGCCAAGUUGGGCUACUUAUUUGACCACCCAGGUACGGUCCUCUUCAGUGUGUUCAUGUCCUUCUGGGCUGUAACCUUCCUGGAGUACUGGAAGAGAAAGAUGGCCACCCUGGCCCAUCACUGGGACUGCAUGGAUUUCCAUGAAGAAGAGGAGCGUCCUCGGCCAGAGUUUGCAGCCAUGGCCCCGACUAUGGAACCAAACCCAGUGACUGGGGUCAAAGAGCCCUACUUUCCGGAGAAGACCAGGUUGUCCCGCAUGUUCACUGGCUCCAUGGUCAUCAUCAUGAUGCUGUGCGUGGUGAUGAUCUUCCUGGUGACAGUGGUCAUGUGCCGCGGUAUCAUCAGUGUGAUGAUGUUUCACACUGGUAGCCCUGUCCUGCGUACAGAGGCAGGGACCAUAGCCAACAUCUCCAGCAGUAUUGUGAACCUGGGCCUUAUCCUGUUGAUGGGCCGUGUCUACACUGCAUUAGCUGAGCAGCUCACUAAAUGGGAGAUGCACAGAACACAAACCCAGUAUGACAAUGCAUUCAUCUUCAAGGUGUUCAUCUUCCAGUUUGUCAACUUCUACUCGUCCCCCUUCUAUGUGGCUUUCUUUAAAGGAAGGUUUGUGGGUUACCCCACCAACUAUGGGACCUUGUUUGGGAUGAGAAAUGAAGACUGUGGCCCCGGGGGCUGUCUCAUUGAGCUGGCUGAGCAACUCUUCAUCAUCAUGGUGGGAAAGCAACUCAUCAACAACAUUCAGGAGUUCAUUAUCCCUAAAGUGAAGGCCUGGCGCCAGAAGAGGACCAUGGCCAAGGUGCUGGGGGGUAAGGCAUCCCAUGAGCCUCAGCGCUGGGAAGAAGACUACCAGCUAGUGGAGUGUGAAGGCCUGUUCGAAGAGUACUUAGAGAUGGUGCUCCAGUUUGGGUUCAUCACCAUCUUCGUGGCAGCGUUCCCCCUCGCUCCGCUCUUCGCUCUCCUCAACAACUGGGUAGAAAUCCGUCUGGACGCCCACAAGUUUGCGUGCGAGUACCGCCGGCCGGUUGCCGAGCGCGCUCAGAACAUCGGAGUCUGGUUUAACAUACUUGAGGCCCUGUCGCACCUGUCGGUCAUCGCCAACGCUUUCCUAAUAGCCUUCACAUCAGAUUUUUUACCUCGCCUGCUCUACCAAUACAAGUUCGAUAAUGAUCUCAAUGGAUACAUCAACUCCACCUUGGCUUACGCCCCACUUAACUACACUGAGUACCCCAUGUGCAGAUAUAAAGCAUACAGAGACAACAAUGGAAACUACUCACUGUUCUACUGGGAGCUUCUUGCCAUCAGACUCGGUUUUAUCAUUGCCUUCGAGCAUGUGGUGUUCUUUGUGCUGAGAGCUAUCGACUGGAUCGUACCCGAUGUCCCCGAAUCCUUGGAGCUGAAGAUCAAGAGGGAGCGCUACCUGGCCAAGCAGGCUCUGGCCGAAAACCAGGAGGCUCUUUUGGUGAGUCGAGGCCGAGGGGCCGCCCCCGCCACCCAGGCACCUCAGGCCCAGGGCAGUAGAACAUGGAGCUGCACAGAGACCUGA